AUGACAUCGGAGAAAACUCAAGAAGCUGCUCCACAACAAUUUGAUUUUCCGGUUUCCGGAUUUUGUCCAGCCCUCCAGAGCAAAUCCACCGGCGGGAAUCAUAAUUUCGGGGUUCCGGUCAAACUCAUAGAGGCAAUAGCCAUGGCUGAUUCUCAGUCGGGUUCCGAUGCUUUCAGCUUGCGGAUUGUUUCGAUCGACUAUUACAUGGCUUCUCCGAUCCCUGGAUAUGAUAUUUGCUACAGUACCUUCCAAGGUGGAGAGGUAAAAGAAGUGCCUGUUAUAAGGAUAUAUGGCUCCACACCUGCUGGUCAGAAGACUUGCUUGCACAUUCAUCGUGCUUUACCAUAUCUCUAUAUUCCAUGCUCGGAUAUUCCACUUGAUCAUCAUAACGGAGUUGAUGGAAAUAUAGCUGCUUUGUCCCUUGAGUUGGAGAAGGCUCUAAAGCAUAAGGGAAACGCUGCUUCGAAAAGGCAACAUGUCCAUGAUUGUGAGAUUGUUAGAGCAAAGAAGUUUUAUGGGUACCACUCAACGGAGGAGGCAUUUGUGAAGAUUUAUCUCUACCAUCCACACGAUGUGGCUCGUGCUGCCAGUCUUCUUCUGGAAGGUGCUGUUCUUGGUAAAAGUUUGCAGCCUUACGAGUCUCAUAUUCCUUUUCUCCUCCAGUUUCUGGUGGACUAUAAUUUGUAUGGAAUGGGUCAUGUCCAUAUAUCAAAGAUGAAGUUCCGUAGCCCUGUGCCUCGCCAUUUCCGUCCAAGGAGAUUUGAUAUGGAUGAUUGUGUGGGAAAAGGGAUUGACGAAGUGGCUAGCACAAAGGCAGAUUCAAGUGCUUCUGCAAGCGUCAGUUUCCCUGUUUGGACCUUGUCAACAAUCCCAGGUCAAUGGAUGUGGAAUCUCUCUGAAGAAUCUGAUACAACGUUGAGCCAGAGCCAGCAUAACAACCAUUACAGACGUCAGAGUCUCUGUGAACUUGAGGGAGAUGCAACUAUUAACGAUAUUCUCAAUCAACAGUUAAAAAUGUACAACUCUCUCUCACAAGCCAAAUCUGAUACUAAAAUGGUCCAGUCGCUUGUGGCAAUUUGGGAGGAGGAGUAUGAAAGGACUGGCGUAAAUGACGCACCGAUACCUCCUGAUCCUGGCAAACCCUCUGCAGCGGAUGUGCUGAAGACAAUGUCAGAUUAUGUUGGGCUUGGGAGUUUGCUAAAAGAAAUGCAUCACGAAGUUGGAUUGUCUCCGUCUGAGAUAAAGCCAACUGCAGUAUCUUCAGCUGGUUCAGAUAUGUGUGCCAAACCUGAAACUACGGAUCUGCAGGUUUUGAAUGAUAUGGUUGGUACACGCAGUGAGGUCCCUGCAUCAGCAGAGCUUUCUCCACUUGAUGAGAGAAGUGGAGAAGCAUCAAUGGAAAAUGAUACACCUGCUGAAAUACAGGAUGCUGAAGCAUUGGGUCUCUUUAAGUGGUUUGCCUCAUCCCAGGCUGCAGAGGAUAUAAACUCUGAUGAUGAAAUUCUCCGGGAAACAAUCCUUAGUCCUCUGUUGCCUAAAGCGUCCGUUAACAAGGUUCUUGAAAUGGCUAAUACAGAUUAUGUGAGCCAAUCCCAAAAGGAAUGUCAAGACAUUCUCGAUUCUCAGGAGGAUCUACCAGACUUUGGAAGUUCGACAAAAAGAGCAGUAGAUACUAAUCUUGAGAGCCAGAACCCGAUAACUUCAUCAGACAAACCAUCUCUUGACACAGAAGUCUCUGAUGAUGUUCCAAAUAUCUCAACUUCAAAUGCCUCAAGCGAAAAUUCAUUCCAGAGAUACAGAAGGAGUGAAGUAGUGGAGAAUAAGAAUAGGAGCUUCUCUAGGAGCAACAAGCGUAGCAAAUCUGUAUGGGGAGCUUUGCCUUUUCCGUCGACAAAAAACCUUCAAAAGGACUUUGACAGUGCAAAUGCUAGUGGUAAACUUGGUUUGGCAAAGAUUAGUUCUGACCCUAUGAACGAGAUGAAAGAUUCUUUUAAUGUUCCAGUCACAAAACAUCAAGCAGAUGUUUGUAACACGAAGGACAAAAAUGUUUUGGCUGGAUGUUCGCUGCGGGACUUGAUGAGAAAGAAACGGAUCUGCCAUGGAGAAUCGCCUGUUUCACAACAUACGAAGAUUAGGAAAGUUCUACCACAGAUUAGAGACUCUCUGCACGGGAAGAACAAGGAGUGUGCGGCUUCCUUGAGAUCUGAGGCCAAGAAACAAGGUCCUGCUCUUUCUGCAGAAUUCAGUGAAUGUUACUCUGGCAAUGCUCCUCAAACUUUAUCUCCUAUAGAUGCUGGAAAUUCUCAACCUCAUAGAUGUUUGGCUAAAGAGACAGAAGAUCAAACAAGUGAUGAAGUUUCGAGGAAUCUUGAUGCAGUUCCACUUAGCAAGGAAUCAACAACUAUGGAAUCAGGAUUACUGGUGUGUAGCAAUAAACUUGUUGGGAUUGAUAGAUUUAAUGUCCAAAAGUCUGGGGAUGAGCAAGAGCCAACUGCGAAUGUAAUUGUUGAGACAGAAAGAUUACUAUGCCUAACACUAAGCAAGAAGCCUCCUUCUCUCGAUUUCCUUCGUGAUGGACUGCAAGAUUCUUCACAUUCUCGAUUUCACAAUGCCCGGGACAAACAGCAUGAUGGAUGUGAGGGGAUUUCCAAGGAGAUUCCUUUUUUCUCCUUGGAGGACACCGAAGCCAACGAGGAGGAGAAGAACAACGUCUUCCAAGGAGCUUCCCUUGGUAUUCCCUUGCAUCAUCUCAACGACGGCUCCAAGCUUUACCUACUGACCCCUGCCCUUUCACCCCCUAACGUGGAUUCUGUUUCACAAUGGAUAUCGACUGACAAAGGCCCAGGAGACUUUGAGAUUGAAUCAGAAGAUCAUAUUGAUUGUGAUAUUGCUUCCGCAUCUAAUGUAGUGUCUGUUUCCGAGCACGUGGAGCAGCAACAGAAUGUUUUUGUGAAUUCAGAUACGGCAUCUAAGAUAGAUCUGAAAAGGAAAGGAAAGUUUGUUAACCUUAAUUUGCAGACCAGUGUUUCACAAGAGAUGUCUCAGCUUUCAGGUCCUGAUGGGAAAUCAAGGCCCACUCCCUUAAGUCAAACUGGAUUUCGAGAUCCUGCGAGCAUGGGGGCUGGGCAACAGCUUACUGUGCUGAGUAUAGAGGUUCAUGCAGAGUCUAGAGGGGAGCUGCGACCUGAUCCACGAUUUGAUUCUGUCAAUGUCAUAGCUCUCGUCGUGCAGAACGACGACAGUUUUGCAGCUGAAGUAUUUGUGCUUUUAUUUAGUCCAGAUAGCACGCACCAGAGAAAUGUUGAUUGCCUAUCUGGAUGCAAGUUGUCUAUCUUCGUUGAAGAGAAGCAACUGCUUAGUCAUUUUAUUGAGACUUUAUGUAGAUGGGAUCCAGAUAUUCUUGUGGGCUGGGAUAUACAGGGUGGAUCCCUUGGUUUUCUAGCAGAAAGGGCUGCACAGCUUGGUAUAAGAUUUCUCGAUAAUAUAUCACGGACGCCAUCUCCGACCAAGACAAAUGAUUCAGAAAAUAAGAGAAAUCUUGGUAAUAGUCUGCUGCAAGAUCCGUUGGUAGCUGAUCCUGUUGCUCAAGUACAAGAAGUGGUUAUUGAAGAUGAGUGGGGCCGCACACAUGCUAGUGGUGUUCAUGUUGGAGGUAGAAUAGUUCUCAACGCGUGGCGUUUGAUUCGUGGGGAAGUAAAACUCAACAUGUACACAAUGGAAGCUGUCGCAGAGGCUGUCUUGAGGCAAAAGAUUCCAUCAAUCCCCUAUAAAGUAUUGACACAGUGGUUUUCAAGUGGUCCUGCUGGUGCAAGAUAUCGAUGCAUAGAAUAUGUGAUUCGUCGAGCAAAUUUGAACCUUGAGAUAAUGAGCCAACUUGACUUGAUUAAUCGUACAUCAGAACUUGCUCGUGUUUUUGGCAUCGACUUUUUCUCUGUUCUCUCCCGAGGUUCCCAAUACAGAGUGGAGUCCAUGCUUCUGAGAUUAGCACAUACAAAAAAUUAUCUUGCUAUUUCUCCAGGAAACCAACAGGUUGCUUCUCAGCCAGCUAUGGAAUGUGUACCUCUUGUAAUGGAACCAGAAUCUGCCUUCUAUGACGAUCCUGUUAUUGUGUUGGAUUUUCAGUCUCUUUACCCUUCAAUGAUUAUAGCAUAUAAUCUGUGCUUUUGUACAUGUGUCGGAAAACUUGCACAUUUGAAGAUGAACACCCUUGGGGUCAGCUCAUACUCUCUAGACCCUAAUGUUCUUCAGGAUUUAAAUCAGAUCCUGCAGACCCCAAACAGUGUGAUGUACAUGCCACCAGAGGUGCGCAGAGGAAUAUUACCAAGGCUACUAGAGGAAAUUCUAUCUACAAGAAUAAUGGUGAAAAAAGCAAUGAAAAAGUUGACUCCUUCAGAAGCAGUUCUUCAUCGGAUAUUUAAUGCGAGGCAGCUUGCUCUAAAGCUGAUAGCAAAUGUGACUUAUGGAUAUACUGCUGCGGGCUUCAGUGGUCGAAUGCCUUGUGCAGAGCUGGCAGAUAGUAUUGUCCAGUGUGGUCGUAGCACACUUGAGAAGGCUAUUUCGUUCGUCAAAGCAAAUGAUAAAUGGGAUGCUAGAGUUGUAUAUGGCGACACUGAUAGUAUGUUUGUCCUCCUCAAAGGACGAACUGUAAAAGAAGCUUUUGUAAUCGGACAAGAGAUUGCAUCUGCAAUAACUGAAAUGAAUCCACAUCCAGUCACUCUAAAGAUGGAGAAAGUCUAUCACCCUUGUUUCCUUCUUACGAAGAAGCGGUAUGUUGGGUACAGUUAUGAGAGUCCUGAUCAGACCGAGCCUACAUUUGAUGCAAAAGGUAUCGAAACUGUUCGAAGAGACACUUGCACAGCUGUUUCAAAAACGAUGGAGCAGUCGUUGAGACUCUUCUUCGAAACGAAGAACAUCUCUAAGGUUAAGUCAUACUUGUAUAGGCAGUGGAAACGGAUACUACAAGGGAGAGUGUCUCUACAAGAUUUUAUCUUUGCAAAAGAAGUUCGAUUGGGGACUUAUAGCACAAGAGACUCUUCACCCCUUCCUCCAGCAGCUAUUGUGGCAACCAAAUCAAUGAGAGCAGACCCUCGGACAGAGCCACGUUAUGCUGAAAGAGUGCCUUAUGUUGUGAUCCAUGGGGAGCCAGGAGCCCGACUCGUUGAUAUGGUGGUGGACCCACUGGUUCUUCUGGACAUUGAUUCACCCUACCGGUUGAAUGACUUAUACUACAUCAGCAAACAAAUUAUCCCAGCUUUGCAAAGAGUUUUUGGACUCGUGGGUGCAGACUUAAACCAGUGGUUUUUGGAGAUGCCCCGUCCCACCAGAAGCUCCCUUGGCCAACGUCCCUUAAACUUUAAAAACUCACACAAAGCUAGAAUUGAUUCUUUUUAUCUCUCGAAACAUUGUUUCUUGUGUGGAGAAGUUGUUCAGGGAUCUGCUCAGCUUUGCAACCGGUGCCUGAAAAAUGAAAGUGCUGCUACUGCAACCAUUGUUUGGAAGACUUCGAAAUUGGAGAGAGAGAUGCAACACCUAGCCGCGAUAUGCAGACACUGUGGUGGGGGAGACUGGGUGGUGCAAUGCGGAGUGAAAUGCACUUCUCUUGCGUGCUCAGUCUUUUACGAGAGACGGAAAGUUCAGAAAGAGCUUCGUGGCCUCUCCUCCAUUGCUGCUGAGAGUGAGCUUUACCCUAAAUGCAUGGCUGAGUGGUUCUGA